AUGUUGGACGACGACGUUCCUACAUCAAAGGCUACUGCUGGCGGCGUACAGACACAGAAACGCAAGGCCACGCAGACGUCAUACCCUCCAGAAACGACUCGCCUGCGGAUGGCUUGUGACAGGUGUCAUGCACACAAGUUACGGUGUCUACGGUCAGAGACCACAGAACCUGGCGGUAAAUGUGAACGCUGCCGCCGUGCUGCAGUUCAAUGCGUCUACAGCCCUCCCAACCGUCUGGGCCGGCCAGCGAGGUCACAAUCUGGCUCAGGAACAGCAGCAAAAUCCGGGACAGCAGCAACCGCAAACACGUCCAGCAAAGAAUCACAGAGUAGCCCGCAUAAUAGCGGCGUCUGGCUGUCUCCGAAAUCUACACGCCCACCCAGCCCGAUAACUUAUCAAGAUAUACCCACCCGUGGGUCGAGCAUGGAUAUCCCAGCAGACGAGAAUGGGACGUUUGAAGAUCUCCAUAUAAGCGGGUCCCAAUUUAAGCUUGAUAUGAUGCUGCCUCUAGUUAGCGGCAGGAGGCAGCCUUAUGAGGAUGCGAACAUCAUGCUCAAUAAUGGGCAGGGGUUUCCAACUGAGAACAUACCCAACAACGGACACGUACAGUUUCUCGACAGACCAAGUCCACACUUUGCACAGGAAUUCGCACUUACUGACGAAAACACAGCUGACUGUGUACGGAAGCUGACCGACCUAGGCCUUACGCAGUAUAAUCAACUUCGACAGCUCAAACGGAUGAGGAGCUGUACUAACAGGGAUAAACAGGGGCUACUUACUUUAUUGCACAACUACCCAAUCCAGGAGAUUAUGGAGACAGCUCGACAACUCACAGAGCUAGUCGAUCAAUUUAUCCAGGUACCGACGCUCGGAACCGACAUACUCAGCUCCUCUCCAGACUCGGUUGGCGAACCGGUUCCGGACUUCCAAUCGCCAUUCUUCGGUGAUCCUAUGGAAGUAACUGACUUUUCGGACUUCCUGUCACAGCCGUUCCUGGAUGUUUCAGCUACGCCGAAAAGUACAUGUUCUAACAGCAGCAACAGUCAGCUAUCAUCUUCGAUUUCGCCUGGCAGUGGCACUCAAAUGGACACCUCGACGACGCUGCAUACCAUCUCGUGCUAUCUCCGCCUAGCCCGGCUCUUUGUCCUCUUCUUCACGGACCUCCAUGAUUUCCUACUCUUUCCUAACUUGGCGGAUCCAAUGCUCGACGACAAAUCGCGGCUGUUUCCGGGGUUAAAGCUUGGCUCCUUCCAGCCUUAUGUUGGGAUGGAACUAGAGAUUUCAAUUGUGGUUCAGGUUAGCGAGCACAUACUAAAUCGUUUAUGCAACUCGCUAGGGUUGCCUCAGGGACAACACACUGGUCACAGUCGACUGAAGUCUGAAAUGAUCACGCCGGCCAUGCUGCAGGCAGUUCAGGUGCAGGAAAGGCUUGAUGCUCAGGACGAAAAGGGGGACACGUUCACGCAGCUGCCACUGGUAAUAAACAGCGUGAAGAAGAUGAUCAAAGUGCGGCCAUUUCUAUAG